UUUUGUGGGACGCCAGACGCGGAAAAGAAAACAAGACGUCGCAAAAGUUGUGUGGAAAUUUUUCUAAUUUUCUGAAAGAAAUAAACAUUUCUAGCUUUGGUUUUGUGCAUUUCCGAACAGUGAACAAUGAACGUAUCGAUUGAAAGGAAACGUUCGGAUUGUGCCGCUCUUCCCAAAGGUUGGCAGCGGGAGGAAGUACUGCGAAAAUCUGGUCUCUCUGCGGGAAAAGUGGAUGUUUAUUACUACAGUCGCGGCAUGCGAGCGGAUACUUCUCUCAUUCCACCGAUCCGGCAGACGGCUUCCAUUUUCAAGCAACCUGUAACCGUGGUACGAUCGCAAGAAGGUGACAGCAAGGUGAAACGUGAGCUGCAGCAUGGUUCGCAGGUUAAACCGAAGCAGCUUUUCUGGGAAAAGCGUUUAGAGAAUCUUCGCGCCAACAAUACGCACAACGAGGAAAUCGGCACGCUGGAACUGCCCAAACGGUUGAAAUCAGUGGGCCCGGGUGUGGACGAGGCCACGGUUCUGCAAUCGCUGGCCACCGCACUGCAUCACAACACGCACCCGGUGACAGGGCAAACGGCUUCCAAAACGUCCCUCAACACCAACGCCGGGGUUUUUCUCAAUCCCGAUCAGCCGUUGAUGCACGUGGCAACGGUAACCGAAGAUGACAUCAAGCGACAGGAGGAGCGCGUGCAGUUCGCCAGACUGAGGCUGCAGGAGGCACUGCGGACAUAGGUAAUGUUUAUAAUAAAUUAUUCUCUAGGAUUAAGAUAAUUUUCUAUCGGUGUGAGAUCAAUGAUUUAACAAUUUCGUCUUAUAUGAUAAUGCUAGGGCGUGUGUAUUGGAAUUAUUCAUGAAACUGCAUAGCGUUAAUGCAGUAAUGACGCAUGCGAAAUGGUAGCGUUGCUCUCAUUUAAAUAUAAUGAUAAGAAAUUACUA